AUGAUUCCUAGUACCGGGCUUGCUGGAUGUGUUCUGACCGCAAAUAUCAGCUAUGGUUGGGACCGACAUAUUUGGGACCUUGAAGUCGAUAAAUUCAAACCGGGCAUGCAGCUAGCUACGGCUUGCUAUGUUUUAUUCGCCCUUGCUACAUCCACUACAAAGUUGUCCUUGCUUGCUUUCUAUAGGAGACUCCUUUCGCCACAUUCCUACAAGAGUUAUAAAUGGGUCAUCCUUAUCAUGGAAAUAUUGUCAGUUAUUACAGCUUUGGCAUACGCGUUUGGCGUGCCGUUUUUGUGCAAGUAUGGCACCUUGAUUGUUUCUUAUUCGACAUGCUAUGGAAUUAUUCGUAUUGACGACCCUAGGCCAAUAGGUGCUGCUUGGGAUUUUACACCCCCUCUCUAUAGACCAGCGUAUAACUACCACUGCACCGACCGGUUUACCGUCACGUUUGCGGCCUCCAUCUUGAAUGCGGUCCUUGAUUUUCUCACAAUGCUAGUCCCAAUACCGAUCGGCUGGCAGCUUCAACUCCCUAUAAGCCAACGGCUGGCCGUGAUUGCAAUAUUUUGUGUAGGAGCUAUAGUCGUCGCGGCUAGCUGUGUAAAGACCGGUUAUAUUGUUACCGCGAUGGGAGAAAGUUACGAUGAGCAGUUUGAUGCCUAUCCGUUGUGGAUUAUGAGCAUCGUUGAAAUUGAUCUCGGCAUUAUAUGUGCUUCUGCCCCAGCGCUACGACCAUUAAUUUCACGAUAUAUUCCCAAAGCUUUUGGCACCAUGUCGCGCUCUCGUUUCUCCCGCCGGCGAAUGCCGUUAUCCAUAAAUUCAGUGGCCCUUUCUGACGGGAAUCGAUAUAUAAGUGAUCCCUCAACUUACAAGCCUAUGAUAACGGAAAAGCCUCGUACGGCAAAAGCAUACUCCGUGACAGGAAGCUGCAAAUCCAGCAAAUCAAUACCAUCAAUACGAUCUCCCACUACCGCCAACAACGUAGGGUUUCCUGAUGACGUUAUACCCCCUGAUACAUCUGGAAUGGAGUCAGAGUAUGACUCCAUUUCGCAAAAGAUCGGCGUUCAAUUUACCCCUUCCCCAACAUUUCCUGAGCCCUAUUAUUCCAGAAGCCAACAUUCCCGGAAGGCUUCAGGAGGCUCACUGAAGAGUUACGAAGAUGAUGUACGAGACGGAGGGCGAAGCGGAAGCACAUUUCAGGGAUCUUCUGGUAUGAAUGAUUAUAUACUUGAUGAUAUCGACAAGCAGGAUGAACCCACUUAG